UACCAUAUAGACACAAAUCUAUUAUCGUCAUUUUCUAGGUCGUGUUUUCACAAUAACAAUUCGAGUUAGCCAGCUGAAAAUCUCAAAAUCUUUCUCGUUUUAAUUUUCUUUCUUUGAUUUUUUUAAUUUGUGCGUGGAGCUCCCGAUGCCACUGUAAUUCCAAAUGACAAAUCAAAAGUCAAUUACAUCAAAUAGCCGCCUAAAACAGGAUUAUAUAAGGCUAAAAAAAGAUCCCGUACCAUAUAUCAGUGCUGAACCUCUACCGUCGAAUAUCUUGGAGUGGCACUACGUGAUCCGAGGUCCGGAAGAUUCCUUGUAUGCAGGAGGAUACUAUCAUGGUUGCCUACUGUUCUCCAAAGAUUUCCCCUUUAAACCGCCAAGUAUUUACAUGUAUACACCAAAUGGAAGAUUUAAAACGAAUAAAAGGUUGUGCCUGAGUAUAUCGGAUUUUCAUCCAGAUACUUGGAAUCCUGCGUGGUCCAUCAGCACUAUUUUGACCGGCCUUUUGAGCUUUAUGCUCGAAACGACACCAACUCUGGGAUCAUGCGAAAGCACAUUGAUAGAAAAACGACGGUUUGCCGACCAAUCGCUGGAAUUCAACCUCAAAAAUGAGAUUUUUGUCGAGCUCUUUCCCGACAUUGUCGAAGAAAUCAAGCAACGAUUGCAAAAAGUGAAGGAGGCACGCGAAACAAACAACAACAAAAUCAAAGAAAACGGCGGCACAGCAAAAAACGAGUCUGCAACCGGGGAAACUGACGCAGAAAAUGCCAAUAAUGCUGCCGUGCAAUCCGGAUGGCACUCUUUAACUACGAAUGUCAUCCUAUUUAUCCUUUUCCUAAUUUUCGCAUUAAUCGUCAAUCACAUUCUCAAAACGAUGAACGAUUAAAGGCCAAGUUGAGGCGAAAAAGUUACUUGACAAACCAAACAACAAUCGGAAUUUAGAAUAUCGCUCGUUCUUACUAUUAUAUUGUGUAUAAAUAUUUAUAACUGCGUAUAUAGAAGGAACUUAAAAACUUUUCUGGCUGUAAAACUUUUAACAUUCUGUUUCCUUUUUGUAUUUAUGUGUACAAACGAUCCUUUCACAAACUUUUUAGUUUUCAGAUAUAUGCAUGAAAUCGAUAAAAAAAAAGCAUAAAUUUAUGUAUAUCAUUAACAAGUCAUGAAUAAACGUUUGAAUUACCAGUUAAAUUAACCCAUUUUUACCUAUUGUAAUAUUAUGAUAAUUGAAUAAACAUCACGUAGCUGUCAAAUUUAAUAAUAAUAAAUCAUAGAACAAAGUAAUAUUUAAUAAAAUAUUGAUUGAAAUACUUCAAGGAAGGUGCUAUUUUUUACGAAUUUACCGCAUUCGAGGAAAUACUUUAUGACCGGGUCACGUGAUUCAAAGGAAAAAUUGACUGCAGGUAUGGGAAAUUGCACAUGUGAUAAGAUAUUGAUUGGAAAAAUUAUCUUCGAGGUAAUUUUUUUUUAUCAUUUUUUUCUUUUUCCCAACGAUUGUAUUUAAUUGGUCUUACCAGAAC